AACGGCGGUACUGCGCUCCAUGACGCUGCUGCCCUAGGCAGCACUGCCUGUGCGCGUCUUCUUCUGCGAGCGGGCGUGGAUGUAAACUUUGCAGCGAACAAGGGCUUCACUCCGCUUCACGCUGCGUCUGAAAAUGGACGCGUUCAUGCCGCCAAACUCCUCAUCGCCGCCGGCGCGAACCUGGAAGCGAGGGACCGAGCGGGUACCACCCCGCUGCGUUUUGCCAUCUAUUUCGGUCAUCGCGAGGUCGCCCUGACGCUGCUCCGCGCCGGCGCGGCCAUCACGGUCUUGCCCACGAAACGGAUCAAGCCAGAAAACGAAGCCCUUCAGGACUACAUGGUCGACAUCAUC